CUCCUGUGGGGACUAAUAUGCUAGAUAUUGUUCUCGAAACUAUCUACCGUGAACUCAUCGCAACUUACCACUCUCAAUGGCCUAUAAAAUCAACAACCAAGUCAAUACCUUCAUUCGUCCCUCGUCCACCUACAACUUCGGUCCUUCGGCCUAAGUCAUGCGCAAUCCCCACCCCGCGAAUGUCCCCAUAUACAUCGCUUGCAUGACACUCUUGAUCGGCGUCGUAUAGUCUCCGGCCGCAUAUACCCCCUUGACAGUCGUGGCCCCAAAUGGCGGCGCCACCUUGAUAUCCCCUCCAGGCGCCAGCUCCACUUCCAACUGCUGCGCAAACUUCACAUCCAUAGCCAAAAACUUGACAACCACCAUAGCAACGAUGCCCCUCGUAGAGCCGUGUCCUGCUGGUAUCAUGUCCAACAUUCGAUUUUCAACAUGCUGGGAUGGGGUACAUCUUGACAGCACAGACCAUACUUCGCAUGUCGCCUACCCGUCUAGUGGUACAUUCGAGAGCAACGGCCCUUGCCCAGCUUCACACCCCGUCAAGCUCCCACAGCUCUUCUACGAGGUCAUCUGGGACACGACGCCCUACAACGACAGAUCCCUUUGGCCUGAUGAUGGCAGCCAGCUUUUCAUCUGGAGUUUUGGCGACCCGACAGUCUACGGGACACAUGGCGAUUACGUCUUUGGCUGGAAGGAUACGUCGCUGCAACAGGCUAUGGAUACUAACUGCCAGCCCGGGCCCUGCGCCGUGCUCUCGGAGCAGUCGAUCACCGCGGCGGACGCCUGCUCAAAGUCUCGCACUGUCAACGAGGAGGUGGACGGAUGGCUCGACAAGUUGCCGGGUGAUAAUUGCGUGCCUAUUCUAAGCCAGUGGUAA